UUUAAAUGGUAAAAUUACUAUUGAGUAUUAUAACGAAGAAGACCAGUCUGGUUUAACCAAAACUCAACCAGUAGCGGGCAGCAACCCAGAAUUGAGCGAAAACAGUCGCCCAGGAGCCAACAUGAGUGGUAGAACUGUUUCUAGAGAAAACCCGGCAGAUAAUAAAUUACUUGUCAAUUGA